AUGCAUUAUCAGGGACCGCCACUUCCUUCGACAGAUCUGAUACCGUGCAAGCUGGACCUUGUGCCUGGUUCGUCUCUCAAAGCUAAGGAACGCAAAGCGAAUAACGGCGCGUCGCGACGUUACCGCGUCCGUAAGCGCAAGCAAGAAGAUAUCCUAAAUCUUCUAGACGAACAGGAGCAGAAUAUAAAGGAUAUUUCCGAAAGAUGCGACCAUUACAAAUCGGAGCGAGACUUUUAUCGCGACCUCCUUGGCCAUUAUAUACCGCUAGAGCAGUUGCCGCUAAGACCAACCACUCCGCAGGAUAAAGCAUCUACUGAAACACCAACUGCGAUAAUAGGCACGAAGGAGAAAAUGGCGGGAAGUGGCGCGGAUAAGACCAAUGAAGGGUGA